AUGUUUCUCCUAUUCUUUUUCCAGGUCCCGGUGGGUGUCAGGAAAAGGUUAAAUUUCUAUCGAUCUCGAUUCUUUUGGCAGAGUGAUGAGCUUAAACGAAAGUAUAGGCUUUCUAAGUGGGAUAUAAUCUAUAGGCCGAAGGACCAAGGGGAUCUAGGAAUUGAAAAUCUGGAAGUCAAAAACAUAUGUCUCCUUAGCAAGUGGCUAUUUAAACUUUCGUCAGAGGCAGAGGCUACUUGGGCACAGAUUCUACGUAAUAAGUAUCUUCAUGCUAAAACCCUGCCCCAGGUGACUGUGAGGCCCUCUGACUCACCUUUCUGGAAAGGCUUGAUGAGAGUUAAACAACUCUUUUUCAACAAGACAAGAUUCAUAGUCGGGAAUGGAGCUAAUACAAGGUUUUGGGAGGAUACGUGGCUUGGGGAGAACCCCCUUGCACUUCAAUAUCCUACUCUGUAUAACAUUGUUCAACGUAGAGAAGCCUACGUUGCAACCAUUUUACAAUCCACUCCCCUCAAUAUUAGUUUUCGGAGGACGCUAGUUGGAAAUCGUUGGGAGGCCUGGCUUCAUCUUGUAAGACGUUUCAUGGAUGUACAGCUGUCCCAGCAGCCAGAUCGGCUGUAUUGGAAACUUACUAAGAACGGCGUGUUGUCGGUCAAAUACAUGUAUCUGGAUGUCAUAAACUCUAGCGUCAUUCCUUCCUCCAUGUACGUUUGGAAAGUAAAGGUUGUCUUCAGGGCCACGGCGUUCAUCCGUAUGUGGUCGCUACUCACUCCGACGGAGGCCAGGGAGUGUUUGGUUACUGCGUCUACCCGAUGGAAGAUGGUAGCUCGGGAUAUUUUCAACCGGAAGCUCAUCGGCGCGCGGCACUACGGCAAAAAGGCCUCCUCGCCGAGAGACGACGUUGGCCACGGCACGCACUGCGUGUCAACGGCCGCGGGCGCGGCCGUGGAGGGCGCGGACUACUACGGCCUGCGCUCGGCGCCUUCCACGCGCACGCGCACCAGAGGGGCGUCCUCAUCGUCUGCUCCUCCGGCAACGACGGGUCCGACCCCUACACACGUCGCCAACUCCGCGCCGUGGAUCCUCACCGUCGCCGCCUCCACUAUCGACCGCGCCUUCCAGUCCAGCAUCGUCCUCGGCAACGGGAAAGUCCUCAAGGUACGCGUCGCCAUCGCCAUCGCCGUGCUACACUGCUUCGUAUCCCUCAACCUCAACGCGACGCGCCAUGCCAUGUCUGGGAGUCGGCAUAAACUUCUCAACCAGAGCCUCGGCGGAGAGCGCUACCCUCUGGUGUUUGGGGCCCAGGCGGCAGCCCGGCGCGCGACGGUGGCCGAGGCAAGCAACUGCAGUCCAGGAUCGCUGCGCGCGCGCAAGGUGGACGGGAAGAUCUUGGUGUGCGUCGCCACGGACUUGACGGUGUCGCGGCGGAUAAAGAAGCUCGUCGCGGAGGACCUCAUCACGGCGAACUUCCUCGCUCCUUUCCCUGACACGCCGGCCGUCGCUCGCUCGUACACGGCGACUUCGCCGGCGACUUGCGACGACGACUACCACCUCGAGCGCGUGCUCCUCCUUGACCGCAAGGCAGCGCAGGAGCUGUACUCGUCAAACGCCCUCAGCUUCUUCCUCGCGCUGCAUGAAGGUCGCAGCCCACCUAGCGAGAUGCCCACUUCCUCCCCCUCGUUUGUGUCGGCGGAGGAGGAGAUGAGGAACUGGGCGGAGCUGCCGCCGGACGCGAUCUCAACCAUCCUCCAGAAGCUCGACCACGUCGACAUCCUGAUGGGGGCCGGUCAGGUGUGCCGCUCCUGGCGCGGCGCCGCCCGCGACGAGCCCGAGCUAUGGCGCCGCAUCGACAUGCUGGGCCACGCCGACCUCUCCCCCGAGCUCAACCUCCACGGGAUGGCGCAGGCCGCCGUCCGCCGCAGCGCGGGGAGAUGCGAGGCGUUCUGGGGCGACUACACCGACGACCACGACUUUCUCCUCUACCUCGCCGACCAGGCACCAUCUCUCAAGAGUCUUCGCCUCAUUUCUCGCUAUAAUUUUGAUAAAGUACUUAAGGAGAUGAUAGUGAAAUUCCCUUUGCUCGAGGAGCUCGAGCUUUCAUUAUGUUCAGAUGUGGGUGAGAGUGGUGUGUUUGGGGUUGUUGGCAAAGCAUGCCCACAACUGAAACGCUUCAGACUGAAUAAGGACGUGUUCUAUGAUUUUGAAGCUAGUGACAAUGACAGGGACGACGAAGCCAUGGGGAUUGCAACUAUGCAUGAGUUACGCUCUUUGCAGUUAUUUGCCAAUCGCCUGACCAAUAAAGGACUGACAGCCAUCCUGCAUAAUUGCCGCCACCUUGAGUCCCUUGACAUUCGUCACUGCUUCAAUGUCUGCAUGGACAACACCCUGCGUGCAAAGUGUGAUAGGAUAAGUACAUUGAGGCUUAUCCUGCCAAGAUUAAGUGAUGUUCGCAUGAGAGGGCAAUUUGUUCGUCGGCAAACAUCUGACAGGGGAUUCCCCAGAAUAAUAUCUUCCUCAUCCAUGGAUGCCCAGGAUGAUCUUUCUGCCAUCGAGAAUCAGGUGUGCAAGCUAAGUGAUGUUCGCAUGAGAGGGCAAUUUGUUCGUCGGCAAACAUCUGACAGAAUAAUAUCUUCCUCAUCCAUGGAUUCUCGGGGUGAUCUUUCUGCCAUUGAGAAUCAGGUGCGCAAGCUAAUCGAUGAUUUGAGAAGCGAUUCCAUAGAAGGUCAAAGAUCAGCGACAUCAGAGAUUCGCCUUCUAGCUAAGCACAACAUGGAGAACAGGAUUGUCAUUGCAGAUUGUGGGGCUAUAAACUUGCUGGUUGGUCUUCUUCAUUCACCAGAUGCCAAGAUCCAAGAAAAUGCAGUGACAUCCCUCCUCAAUCUGUCCAUCAGUGAUAACAAUAAGAUUGCCAUCGUGAAUGCAUAUGCUAUUGAUCCUCUCAUCCAUGUCCUGGAAACAGGGAACCCUGAAGCUAAAGAGAAUUCAGCAGCUACUUUGUCCAGUCUCUCGGUUAUUAAAGAAAACAAAGUGAGGGUUGGACGAUCUGGUGCCGUCAAGCCUCUCGUGGACUUGCUGGUAAGUGGGACCCCGCAAGGAAAGAGAGAUGCAGCUAUUGCAUUGUCUUAUUUAUCCAUAAUUCAUGAGAACAAGGGUCGCAUUGUGCAAGCUGAUGCGGUGAAGCAACUAGUUAAGCUUAUGGAUCCUGCUCUUGGAAUGAUCGACAAAGCUGUAGCUGUCUUGGCAAAUCUUGCUAUGAUACCAGAAGGGAGAACUGCGAUUGGGGAGACACGAGGUAUUCCAGCUCUUGUUGAAGUUGUCGAACUGGGUUCACCGAGAGGGAAGGAAAAUGCUGCCGCGGCAUUGCUUCAGCUAUGCACAAACAGCAGCCGAUAUUGCAGCGUAGUUCUUAAAGAGGGCGCCGUGCCCCCUUUAGUCACACUGUCACAGUCAGGAACACUGCGAGCAAGAGAAACGGUCUGCCACUUUUUACAACAAAAUUUACAUCUUGAAGAAAACCACCUGCAAAAUCAUUUUGCUAAGAAUAUGUAUUUGUUGCAGGCACAGGCUCUUCUCAGCUACUUCCGCAGCCAGAGACAUGGGAGCUCAUUAAGCGUUUCCAAGUGGUUGACCGGUGCUGCGUAUUUAUAG